UACGUCAAAACAAUUUACGACACCGUCGCCAGGGGCUCUGGUUGCUGUGGAGAGGCUCUCGGUGCCCCGCCACAGCGCCGGUUUCCCGCCCCACAGAGCCCCGGACCCAGCGGCGGCUUUCCAAGGUUACUGUACGUCCAGCAAAUUCCACAUUUCAAAUCAUGGAGACGGAACAGAUUAUGGAGGGACAGCCACAGGUUCCAGAAAAUCCCCAUUCUGAAUAUGGUCUCACUGAAAAUGUAGAGAGGAUAGUAGAAAAUGAGAAAAUAAAUGCAGAGAAAACAUCAAAGCAGAAGGUGGAUCUUCAGUCAUUACCCACACGUGCCUACUUGGAUCAGACAGUUGUACCUAUCUUGCUACAGGGACUUGCUGUUCUUGCAAAAGAAAGACCGCCAAAUCCCAUUGAAUUUCUAGCAGCAUAUCUUUUAAAAAACAAGGCACAAUUUGAGGACCGAAAUUAACUCCAUAAAAAUGAGGACAAUUUGGCUGCUAGACUGAAAUGCUCAUUUGCCGCAACUUGUUUUCUGCUGUAAAAAUCCUUUGGAACCAUGAUGUCUUUCUUAAUCACACAAUUUGCUUUACCUUUUGAGUUAUUUAAUAAAGAACACUUUACAUUUAAUUUGUUCACUUGUUUUAAACUAGCUUCUAAGAGACUUUCAAAAUAAAGUACUGGAACUGCA